AAGCGAUUCCCAGUCAGAGUCACGCGGCAGAUUCGCUCGCGAUACCCAUCGGCCAUCCUCCUCCAUCGACCACACCCCCGCCGGCCGCUCCCUUCGGAUCCAUCCAUCGCGUCCUCUGCUCUGCUCUGCUCAUGGCCGACGGCAAUCCCACUCUCGGCUCUCUUGCAACAACUGUUCCAGUUCAGGCCGUUCUGUUCGACAUUGAUGGAACCCUCUGCGACUCUGACCCUCUCCAUCAUGUGGCUUUCCAGGAGCUGCUUCUUGAGAUUGGGUACAACAACGGUGUGCCGAUAGAUGACGAGUUCUUCAUAAAAAAUAUUGCUGGAAGGAGUGAUGUUGAGGCUGCCCAGAAUCUGUUCCCAGACUGGGACCUUGAGAAGGGCCUCAAAUUCCUAGAGGACAAGGAAGCUAAAUACAGAAGUUUGGCAAAAGAGCGCUUGGAACCUGUGAAAGGCCUUGGGAAAGUGGUCCAAUGGGUCAAAGAUCAUGGCUACAAACGUGCGGCGGUAACCAACGCCCCUAGGAUUAACGCAGAGCUCAUGAUCUCCCUUCUUGGCCUCUCGGACUUCUUCCAGGCCGUUAUUGUUGGAGAUGAAUGCGAGCAACCAAAGCCUGCCCCAUACCCAUACCUGAAGGCCAUCAAGGAGCUUCAAGUGUCUGCUGAACACACCUUCAUCUUUGAGGAUUCUCCUUCUGGCAUCCGUGCUGGUGUCGCAGCAGGAAUGCCUGUUGUCGCCGUGGCGACGAGGAACCCUGAGAAAUCCCUUCUGGAAGCAGGAGCCAGCUUGCUGAUCAAGGACUAUGAGGACCCCAAGCUCUGGGCUGCACUUGAAGAGAUCGACAGAGAGGAAGCGAAGCUAAAGAAGGCUGGCGCAUGAGAUGGGAUGACGAUGAACAAUUGUCUAGAUUUAUUAGCAAAUUAAAUUUACAUGAUGCAGCCGAGAGGAACGGCAAAUGGCUCAACUGGGUAUAUUUUUGAGCUUCUAGUUUGGUAUUAUUUUUUGUUCUUAAUGAGAAUUCAGACCAAAUAAGAACUCAGAAAUCUCGCCUUCGGUGGUUAUGAUUGUUUGAUGGAUGGGAGGCUGUGAGUCACUCCGUGGAAAUGACAAAUCUGUUGAACCUUGUUGCGUAGCAUCUCUUAA